AUGCAUUUACUCUUCUUACACUUUGCUAAUAAUCACACGACGAUUAUAUUGUCCGAAGCAGCGAUUUUGCAGAAGGUAAGGGUCGUCGUGAAGAACGGCAUCGAGAACGACAAUUCCGUCCAAAUCCGUUGCUAUUCGGCAGACGACAAUCUAGGGUUACAUCAUCUUCCUUAUGGGGCAGAGUUCGGGUGGAGUUUUCGCGUCAACUUCUUCGGCACCACAAAAUUCUACUGCGACUUGGCGACGAAAAGUGGCUAUGGGAAUUACGGUGUUUACGACUACAAAAUUUCCGAAUUCUGCGACGAUUUUUGUCUGUGGGUGCUGACGAAAGACGGGCCGUGUCUGAAGCAUAAGCAAGACAACUACGAGCAGUGCCAAGCAUGGAAGUUCCAUAGUUAA